CGCCGCGCUGCCGGGGCCAGGGAGCUCCGCGGCACCGGGGCCGUGCGGGAGGGAAGGGGUUAUGGCCGUGGCCUCCGACAGCUCCAUCCUCCCCGCCGAGGGUCCCUCCCCGACGCUCUGAACCUGCCUCCCACCCGCCGGAGCAGCCCGAGGCACGGCCGGCCCCUCGACGCCUUCUGAGAACGUCGCAGGGACCCCCAGGGACCCCCAGGCAGCCCCCGCCCGGCUCCCCGGGCUCGGCAGCCGGUCUGUCCCGCUCUGCCGGCAAACAACCUGCUCGUUUCUGGGUGCCCGGUUUGGGGUUGUCCCCAGCCUGAAGUGACCAUGUCAGCUCCGGAGGGACUCCGGGACGUGCGGGACCUCACCUUCAGCCUGUGGGAUUACGGCGUCUUCGGGCUGAUGCUGCUCAUCUCCACGGGCAUCGGGCUCUUCCACGGCCUGGCCAAGGGCGGCCAGAAAACCUCGGAGGAUUUUUUCACGGGGGGCAGACGGAUGUCGGCGCUGCCCGUGGGGCUCUCGCUGUCCGCCAGCUUCAUGUCGGCCAUCCAGGUGCUGGGAGUGCCGGCCGAGGCGUUCCGCUACGGAACCAAAUUCCUCUGGAUGUGCCUGGCGCAGCUCAUCAACACCGUGCUCACGGCGCAGCUCUUCCUGCCCGUCUUCUACCGCCUGGGGCUCACCAGCACCUACGAGUACCUGGAGCGGCGCUUCAGCAGGAGCGUGCGGCUGUGCGGGACCGUGCAGUACGUGGUGGCCACGAUGCUCUACACGGGGAUCGUCAUCUACGCGCCCGCCCUGAUCCUAAACCAAGUGACCGGCCUGGACAUUUGGGCGUCCCUGCUGUCCACGGGGGUCAUCUGCACCUUCUACACCACCAUAGGCGGGAUGAAGGCUGUCAUCUGGACCGACGUGUUCCAGGUGUUUGUGAUGCUCGCGGGCUUUGUCGCCAUCGCCAUCCGCGGGGUGCAGCUGGUGGGGGGUCCCGCCGAGGUGCUGAGCAUCGCCGCCAACGGCUCCAGGGUCAACUUCGCCGACUUCAACCCGGACCCGCGGAGCCGCUACACGGCCUGGACGUUGCUGCUGGGCGGGACCGUGGUGUGGCUCUCCAUGUACGGCGUCAACCAGGCGCAGGUGCAGCGCUACGUGGCCUGCAGGAGCGAGAGGGAGGCCAAGAUGGCGCUGCUGGUCAAUCAAGUGGGGCUGUUCUGCAUCGUGAGCAGCGCGGUCUCCUGCGGCCUCGUCAUGUUCGCGCUCUACCGGGACUGCGACCCCCUCCUGGCCGGGGCCAUCUCCGCCCCCGACCAGUACAUGCCCUAUUUGGUCCUGGACAUCUUCGAGAGCACCCCGGGGGUGCCGGGGCUGUUCCUGGCCUGCGCCUACAGCGGGACCCUGAGCACGGCGUCCACGUCCAUCAACGCCAUGGCCGCCGUCACCGUGGAGGAUUUCGUGCGGCCGCGGCUGCCGGCGCUGUCCCCGAGGAGGCUGGCGCUGAUCGGCAAAGGGCUCUCUCUCACCUUCGGCACCUCGUGCAUCACCGUGGCCGCUCUGUCCUCGCUGCUGGGGGGGGGCGUCCUGCAGGGCUCCUUCACGGUGAUGGGGGUGAUCAGCGGGCCCCUGCUGGGCGCCUUCGUGCUGGGAAUGUUCCUGCCCCGCUGCGGCACGGCCGGGGUGCUGGGGGGCCUGGCCGUGGGGCUGGCGCUGGCCCUGUGGGUGGCCGUGGGGGCCACCCUGUACCCGCCCGGCGCGGCCGCCAUGGGGGUGCUGCCCACCUCGGGGGCGCUGUGCCCGCCCCGCAACGGCACCGGCGGCACCGGCGGCACCAACGGGACCAUCGGCACCAUCGGCACCAUGGGCACCAUCGGCAUCAACAGGACCAUCGGCACCAGCAGCACCAUUGGCACCAUCGGCACCAUGGGCACCGAUGGCACCGAUGGCACCGAUGGCACCGAUGGCACCGCGGGGCCCCCGGAGAGCCCCCGCCCGGCCAUCCUGGGUGACCUCUACGCCGUGUCCUACCUGUACUACGGCGCCCUGGGGACCCUCGGCACGGUGGGGACGGGGGCCCUGCUCAGCCUCCUGCCAGGCCCAGCCCGGCAGAAGCGCCGGCCCCAGGGCGUGCUGUGGUGGGACAUCGUCAGGGCCACGCCCUCCGCUGGCCCCAGAGGGGACCGGACCCCCAGCGACGAGCCCCCGGACAAGGCCGGGGCGUCCCAGGAGCUGCUGGGCACGGAGGGGACACCCCCGGGUGACCCCGCCAAGGGUGGCACCGUGGCCGAGAGCGACGUGUAGGGG